UGAUCAUUAUGGGCUUCAAGGAAAAUUGCAAAGUCAGUUUACGAGCAAAUUCAACAACAUUGAGAGUUACCACCGCCAUAGACGUGAUAAUCGUGGCCUUGGCCAGUAUCGCUGGUGUGGGCUGUGGUAUUUUCGGUCUGCGGUCUACGCAAGAGCUCAAUCAGCGCUUGCGAAAGUUUGACAGCAGCUUGCAAUUAUUUACGAUAACCAAAAAUGAGCGCAACAAAUGCGGAGCAAUGGCUAUAAUAACGUUGGCUGUAUGUGUGGGCCUAUUGUGUUUCGAUUAUUUUGUGUGGAUGGAAAUUUUGUCCGGUCAACAUACGGCAGAACAAAAAUUGAAAGCAACCCUAAUGUGGUAUCUACCAUUCUAUGGCCGUUACAUAGCUGUUAUUGGCUCACAAAUAUUAUAUGCGAAUAAUGUGUUGGGUUUUGGUAGAAGAUUCCAGCGUUUAAAUAAAAUAUUGGAAUAUGAAUUUUUAAGUGAACAAAUGAGCUCAUCACAUCAUCAGUUAACUGCUGAAUUACGCUGCAAAGCUAAAACCCGGGCUCACAUAUUGCGCACUCUAGCCUACAAUUACGGAUCUGUAAGCAAAUGUGUGGAGAUUUUUUCAAACACUUUUGGAUUUUCCACACUUUGCGAUCUAACAUCUUGCCUCAUACAUUUGGUAAUUACCGCACAUUUUAUUCUAUUGGCGCUGAAGAAUCCAAUCAUAGACCGUUAUCUUAUAAAUCUGACAAUGUGGAUGGUGUUGCAUAUAUUUCGGCUGUUGCUAGUGGUGGAAGUGUGUCAAAUGGCGACGGUACAGUCGGAGAAGACUAAGCAACUCGUUGCUGAAAUUAAGCGUACACACUAUGAGCGUUUGCUGGCUGUUGAGCUUAAAAGCUUUUUACAUCAAUUACUUGUUUUCGAAGUAAAAUUUUCGGUCAUGGGCAUUUUUAAAAUCAACAGAAAUAUUUUGACGGCGUUUGGCUCGGCGAUUGCAACAUAUCUCAUUAUGGUGACACAAUUCCAAAAUAGCAGCGGCUAA